UAAUCUUGACAACAGACACCUUGGAUAACUGUCGUUCUGUACUAAUGAUCAAAAACUCAGUUUUGUCAUCAUUUAAGGACAGCGUAUCAUCCCUAAUCCAUAUGCGAACCUCACGGAUACAAUUUUCAAUCACAGUCACAACCUCAGCCUCACUGGAGUUAUCAGCAAGAUUAAACGAAAUCUAUAGCUGUGUAUCAUCCGCGUAGGUGUGAACGGAUGGCAGAUGGGAUUUCAGAAUAUCAAACAACGGACUCGCGUAGAUGAUGAAUAAGAGGGGGCCUAGGCACGAGCCCUGCGGGAGUCCAGGUUGAAUUUCUCAGAAAGCGUUCCAUUUACAGACCUGUCGCGUUCUUCCUGCUAAAUAGGAUUUAAACCAUGAUAAAGCCUUACCCCACAGUCCAAGCUUGAUCUGCAGCCUGUUCAGAAGUAUGCCAUGGUCUACGAUACCAUUCGCUGCACUGAGAUCUAAUAUGACAAGUAAGGUUACGUGACCCUUGUCCAUAUUUGUCCUUGUCCAUAUUCAUUUUUGACUCUCAGUAACGCAGUCUCAGUGCUGUGAUUUGGACGAUACGUGCUCUGGAGAUCUGGAAAUAAGCUGUUGGCUGCCAUCCAUAAGAUCUUGCAUUUGGAUAGCGACAGACUUUUCCACAAUCUUGGACGUAACCUGCAAAUUGCUCACAGGUCGAAAGUUUUUGUUGAUAGGUUCAAGACCUGCUUUCUUGAGAAGAGGGUGUACUAAAGCGUUCUUCAAAUCCUCUACAAAGACGCCAGAUUCAAGACCCAUUCAAGAGAUAGGUCAAUGAUAUUCGUAAGAACAGGGAGUAGUUUCCCUGCUCACCCUGGAUGGAAGCUACACGCAAAAUGAAGGGAAACUCUCAUUUAUAACGAGCCGUUCAAGUUCAGCGAGUUCACGAGAGAAACCGUAUUGGUUUUCGGCUGCGUGACAGAGCUGCAAGCGUUGCGUGACCGAGAAGUUUGCGCAAUGAAUGAUCUAUGGUUAUGCGCAUAGGUAAGCCAGAGGAUACCAAUCAGAGUGGAUCUCACAUCUUGUACAACAAUCGUCGGGCUCAGUUGCAUAGAAGGCUUAGUUUCCAAUCUACUGCAAGCAGGACUGAAGGAGGUCCCUGAGGCAAGCAGCGAUUAAAGUUUGAUUCUUGCCCAUGAUUUCCUUGCCGGUGAACUCUUUAACCCACGCCGUCUUUCUCAGGAGAAAGAUCAGCUGAGUAAAAAGACAAAGUGGAACGCAGCAAAGAGGAUGUCAACCAGCGAAAGUAAAUUCGUUCCCCAUAGUCACAUCCUGCAAUGCCCAGAAGGUUCUGGGUACUACUCAGACAAUGAACUUGGCUGCUAUGACGUGAUCUUUGAGGCGGUGCCUCUUGUUUUGGACGUUAUCAAGUCAGCCACCGUUGAGCCCGGAUCCGUGUUCACCAUUUGUGACUAUGGUUGUGCUGAUGGUGGUACUUCCAUGACUUUACUUUACGCAUGCGUGCAAGAGCUAAGGAAAAUUCACGGCGAUGAUGUACCUCUGAGCGUGAUUUAUGAGGAUCAACCAGUCAACGACUUCAAGUCUCUGUUUCUACGUUUGCAGGGUCUUAUACCAGGUCCAAAAAGCUAUUUUCUAGACUUCCCAAAUGUUUUCGUCACGGCUUGUGGAACAAACUUCUUCGAUGAAUGCUUCCCCCCGCAGUCAGUUAAUUUAGGAUUUUCUUCCAUGGCCUUUCACUGGUUGAGUAGAAAGCCGUGCGACAUUACAGGAGCACUACACCAACCCAUGAUAACGGUUAAGGAUGAGGCAGAGAAGUUCGAGGAACAAGCGGCGAAAGACUGGGAAACAAUAUUAUUGGCAAGAGCAAAGGAGCUGGCCCCAGGAGGUAGACUUGUUAUAGUGCAAUCUGUCGUCAACGAAAAAGGGCAUUACGAAGGAAAGGACACACCGGUCUCCAGACAUCACACACUAAGAGACUUAUGGCAAGGAUUAGUAACUGACGGCUUGAUUUCACAGGAAGAAUUCCACGAAACAACAUUCGCGUAUUACUUACGCACAGCAGAUAAAUGCAAGAUACCUUUUACAUCCCGAGACUCGCCCGUUCGCAGGGCCGGCCUGUCUUUAGUCUCCAUAGAAACCAAAACGGUGCCGUGCCCUUAUAGGCAAAAAUGGCUGAAACAUGGUGGCGAUCCUAAAGCGCAUGCGCGUUGGUACGUUCCAGCCAUGAGAUCUUGGAGUAACUCGACAUUUCUUUCUGGUCUCUCUGAUAAACGAGCACCCGAAGAAAAACAAGCGAUAGUCGACGAGUUGUUUGAACGGUACGAAAACGAGGUUGCUAAGUGCCCAGAGGAUCAUGGGAUUGAUCUUGUUUGUGCUUAUAUGUUGAUUGAGAAGAGCAAAAAAGGAACAUUAAGCUAAAAGAAAAUUUAUUAAUUUCAAGCGUGAUUAUGGCAAUGACUGGAGAGAAAAACUAUACCAAAAGAAACUUCCCGGCAUCACUGGAUCAGUUUAUGUUGGUUUUCUUUCUAAGUGGCUAACAAUACUUCAGUAAUGGCUUCUACAAGAAACGCACUGUUUUUGUGAAAUUGAACUAUUGAAUCACUGCACCAGGAUGAUGCGUGAUUCAAUGCGUGGGCCAAAUCAUUUGAUGACAGAAAGUAGAUUUACCAUGCACGUUGUAGAAAACACUAGCUUUUGCUACAUACGAUCGGUCUGAGGUUUUUUUCUUUUACCUGUUUCCUGUGUGUUCAUCAUAGACGUUUAUUUACUCGAUACCAAAAUAUCUUUAAAAACGUUUUUAUGGGUAUAUAAAUAAAACUCCUGUUUAUUUGAUGGCACUGUUGUGGAAAUUUCCAUUCAUUAGGUUUUUUUCACACUUAGUUGACAGAAAGACAGAGACAAACAGAAAGACAGAGAGGCAAACAGACAGACAGAUAGAAAAAAUGUCAAAUUUUAAUGAGAAGCCGUCCCUUCUACCAAUUCAUUAAGGCCGAUCAGUCAGACUUCAGUUUUCAACAAAGUGGAGAUGAGAGAGACCCCAAAUGCUUUUUUUACCAGCCUUUACUGGUAUUUAAUCAGUCGUGUUAAAGUUAGUUCAGUUUUUCAUGACUCUUCUUCAAAAUGUCAAGUUAUCAAAAUAAAAUUCUCUGCCCUUGAAGAAUUUUUCCUGACCAUUUCCUGACAUGCGUCAACUAAACUACACCACAAUAUUACGUUUGAUCAUCGUUUGAUCUAUUGCAGCUUGAAUCCUUGCUUGCAGCGGUUCCUUGUUUGUUCGUCACGCAAUGCUGUCGUCCCAUUUUAGGGGGUAGGGGUACGACAAUUUCUAUCCUAAUACGUAAGGUUCCGUAAGGCUUGGAAAAACAGGGAGCACACAAUCUUGUUGAAUAGGAGGAGAUUAAAUUAAGCAAUGAAAAGUAUGAAUAGUUAACCAUUGCCCGUGUUAACAUCUUUUACUAGACCACCGCUAACUACACGCCCUGCAUAAUACCGUAACGCUAAACUCGUACUUAGGUCUUUUCGCGCUGUGCAAUUACUUCUGGUUUACGUAUAAUACAGUGGGCUACCCUCGGGGAAAUGGGAGGUGGCCGCUUAAUAGGGGUUGGCCGCUUAAUAGAGGUUGGUGUACCUUGAAUAUUUUUUCACUAUUGGGUUAUAAAUUUAUUAGUUAACAUGGAGACAAUUCGAGACAAUCAUUACAGACGUCAUCCUCGGAGACCCAGGGGCAGUUAGUGGGAGCGGGGAAAAGUCUAAACGGCUGAGAAAAAAAGCUAGGGCGAAGACCCGUUUAGACUUUUUACCCGCCCCCACUAACUGCCCCUGGGUCUCCAAGAAUGACGUCUAUCAUUGUCUUGAAUUGACUCCAUGUUCCCUGAGAAAUUUAGAAGGUUAUCGAAUUUAGAAGUGCACUUGUUCGAGAUUCUGGCACAUGUUACUU